AUGGCUCCUUCACGGAGAGUCCGUACUGCUUUAACGCACACAAUAACCCGCAAAACAAUUGUUUUGUUUCGUGAGUGUAUUGUAAGAUACUGCAGGCUCAAAGCGUACCCUUUCAAGAGAUUUCAAGAGCCGACAUUUGAGAACCUGCAGUGCGUCCGAACUGUGACUUGCAGUUUGCAAAAGACAUGCGCAAACUGUCCCUUUGUGUGUAACAGCGAAGGCCCGUAUGCAUCUAUAAAGAGACAACAGCCACAGCUUGGAGAACAGUUACCACUUGGAGGCAGCAAGUGUCGGUUCCUAGGAGAGAUAUUAGUGCUACCUUUGAGUCCGACAAGUGUCAAUAUUUUCACUCUUAAUUAUUUUAUCUCAUUAUCUUUCACAAAAAUUCAGAGUUGUGGAUUCAAUAAAUGUUUUACAGUGUCUUUCACUGAGAAACACAGUAAAAAACUUGUAUUAGUUCGGCGCUCCAUUAACUUACUGCACUCGCUGAACAUUAAAAUUCUAAUUGAAAUUAACAAUGAAGUGCGUGCCAUCAGCCCGAAACGUCCAACUGACAACGCAGGCACCCACUGCAGAGCUGCAACGGCGAGCCAAUCUGUGAUCAAAGCUGUGCGCUCCUUGCUUCCAAGACCCCUGUGGUUACAUUGCGUGGACCAGUACCCGUCGCCGCUGCAGUCUGUGGCUCGGUGGAUGUCUUCGGGGUGGCCCUGUGUUAGUCGACGCAAUGCAUCAGGCGCGUCAAGCGCAAAUUCCCCGAGGCGCGGGCUCUGCGGCGGGGGCAGACCGCGGCCGCCGCUGCGGCUGCGCGCGCAUAAUCGCGGGCGCGUGGGGAGCGCGUUUGACGGGCGGAGGGGCCGGGGGGGGGGGCGAUUGCACGCCGCGGAGGUGGUGGCGGCGGGGCCGGCGCCGGCGCCGGCGCCGCCAGAGGGGCUGACACGGGCGGGGCGCACGCCUGCGAGCCAGGCAGCUGCGCACACGCGCUCGCCGAGGCCAAGACGCAACGCAGCUGGGCGAAAGACCAGAUUUGUAAAAGUUCAAAAUCACACACCGCUAGUUGUUGCUGUUGUUGCUGUUGUUGUUGCUGUUUUUGUUGCUGUUUUUGUUGCUGUUUUUGUUGCUGUUGUUGUUGCUGUUGCUGUUGUUGUUGUUGUUGCUGUUGUUGUUGCUGUUGUUGUUGUUGCCGCUGUUGUUGUUGUUGUUGUUGUUGCUGUUGUUGUUGUUGCUGCUGUUGUUGUUGCUGUUGUUGUUGUUGCUGUUGUUGUUGUUGUUGUUGCUGUUGUUGUUGUUGCUGCUGUUGUUGUUGUUGUUGCUGCUGUUUUUGUUGUUGCUGCUGUUGUUGUUGUUGUUGCUGCUGUUGUUGUUGUUGUUGUUGCUGUUGUUGUUGCUGUUGUUGUUGUUGCUGUUGUUGUUGUUGCUGUUGUUGUUGUCGCUACUGUUGUUGUUGUCGCUACUGUUGUUGUUGUCGCUACUGUUGUUGUUGUCGCUACUGUUGUUGUUGUCGCUACUGUUGUUGUGGUUGCUACUGUUGUUGUUGUUGCUACUGUUGUGGUUGCUACUGUUGUGGUUGUUGUUGUUGCUGUUGUGUUUGUUGUUGCUGCUGUUGUUGCUGUUCUAAAAUACUGUACGAAAGGUCACCGUGGUGGUUUGUAUGUUCGCAGCGCCACCAACUACUUCCUGGUGAGCCUAUCGGCGGCCGACCUCCUGGUGACGCUCAUUUGCAUGCCAACCGCAGUGGGCAGCGCUGUCACCCGACUCUGGCUGGCCGGAGAGGAGCUCUGCAAACUCACCGCAUACCUGCAAGAUGCAUUCCUGCUGUUGGUAAAUGUAGCCCAGUGGAAUAAAAAAAGUUCUGACAACGUUGUUAAUAAAUGUCUUCGAGAAGAUAGCAUAUCGGUUGAAUGGAUACGCGGUUUUAAAACUCCAAUGCACAAGAAAGGUACCUUAAUAGGAAUACCUUUGACAACUACAGAGGGAUUCGCGUCACCAGAACCAUUCGAAAUAUGGAUGGGCGAAUUAUAA